AGCCAUUCUCCCCUCCACGAGCGGAGGGAUGGCGUGACGCCUCGAUACCGGACCCGGGCCUUCGGGCCAGGCAUGGCCCCCGGGCGUCGCGCGCUCCCCCCGGGCGCGGCCGCGCUGCUUCUGGCGCUGGGGCCGCUGCCGCCGUCCGCAGAGGCCCUGACCCUCGCGGAGCCGCCGCCGCCGCGGGAGGCCCCCGAAAGGCGCUCGGGGCUGCCCCAUCACUUGGAGUCCUUGCGCCGGCGGCCCCUCGGUGAGCGCUCCGCCGCGGGCGCGGGCGUCACGCUGGUUGACGCGCGCGCGCACCUGCGGCGCGGGCUUCAGGCCGCCUGGCACAUCGGGAACCACUUCGGGCACCGGUGGAGCGGCCCCGCGGCGGCCGCCGCGGGGGCCCUGGCCUCUGUGCCGCAGAGGGCCGCCGGCGGCGACGGCUCCUGCGGCCUGCCCGGCGGAAGGACGGGGCCGCCGCCCGGCGG